UUCAGAUCAAAAUUUUUCAAUUAAGCACUUUUGGAACCAAAAUUUAAUUUGUUAUAAUGGAUUCAACUUCAAAAACAUCAGUUCAGUUCUCACAUAAAUCAAGUGUCGUCUCAAUCAGCAAUCGAUCAACUACUUCAAGGGGGACUUUGCCAUCUAUAGCAAUUUCAACAGGAACUCGAUCAUCUACAACGAUUUCAAGGAGUACUCGUCCAUCUACAGGAAUAUCAAGUAUAGCUUCUUCUGUAAACGGAGAUCGAUCAGAAAGUAGAAAAUCUAGGAAAAUUGAAAAAACGUUUGCAGUUCCUGUCGAUAUUUUCAACGAUCCAUUGUAUAAUGAAGAUGGUACACGUAAUGAAAGAAUCCCAUUUGAAUUGUUCAUCAUUCGGAAGCAGCAGGAAGAAAGAGAGAAAAAUAGAAAGCAGGUGAAGGUUUCAACGAUUACUCGACGAGACAAUACGGUCUUCAAGGAAGCAAUUAGGAAAUUAAAAAUUGACAGAGCAAGAGAAAAUGUUCACAAAAUGAAAUACAUUAAAGCUCUGGCAAAAUCACGAGCAACUGAUAAAGGCACAAGGAAGGUUGAAGCGAAGAAACUUUUUGAACAAAAAUAUCAAUGUCGGCUUCGAUGCAAGGAAAGAAAUGAAAUUAGAAAAAGAUCAAAAUCUCGAUCACGUUCAAAAUCCAAUGCAAGAAAGGAAAUAGUUAAAGGAAUUUUAAAGUAUAAGAGACCAGUCAUCAAACUACCACCAUUAAAAAUGAGACCUAAGAAGAUGGAAGUGCAAAAUGAAAACGAAACAGAGUGUCAGAAGCAAGACAAAAAGAAGCCUAGAUUUCCAGCGAUAACAAUCCCACCAUUCAAAACUCGUAAAUGGGUACCAGUUAUUAAUCCAAAACCAUCAAAACCAAAAGUUGUUAUCGAGUAUCCUCCAUUAAAAUUAAGAAAGAAACCAUGGAAACCAGCUCAGGAUACAAAGGCACAAAAGAAAAUUUAUAGAACAUUAAAGCUUUUCUAUCCCAUUCCUUUUUCAACACUUGGAAAAACGUGGCAUUCAUUUAAAUUUUUAUCAUCAAAACAACAAAUACUAAGCGGCAAGCUUACACAAUAUUCAAAGAAAUUCAGCUUUAUUAGUAAUGGAAAACAGAGCGCUUUCAUAUCUAUCGUAGCCUUGUCAACUUUUGACUUACAUUCAAUGAAGUCGUGGAAAAGCUUUCUUCUUGAUGAGAUAAUUUCAUAUGGUGACAUAAACUUCCGACGUCAAUUAAAGCAACUGAAGCAUAAGAGCGUAAUUAAGCCAUCAAAUGUCUAUCAUAAAAUUUAUUUGAAAAAUGCAAAAUUUUUGGUGGAAAUUGGUGAGAUGACUGCUAAAGGAAUUUAUGAUGCCGACAAUGUUGCAGAUAUCCAUUUGCACUUCAAAAAUAUUUUUGAAAAAUUUAAAUCAUUGAUAUUUCUGUAUAAUGGACAAAACUAUGCUAUAUGGGAGGAAGAUAACGCAUACUAUAUCUUUAAUGCAGAGGAUACAAAUGAAAAGGGAAAAUUGAUCGAGAAAAAUCGCGGUGGAUGUUGUGUAAUUCGUUCAACAAGCUUGUCGACAAUUGUUGAAUAUCUUAUUGAUACCUUUAGAGUCAUGAAGCAGCUUUAUGAAAUCUUUUCCUUCCGUGUAAAUCAAAAAUUAAUGAUUCAAGAUUUGAAAAGUCCUCCAAAGGAACUCGGUAGAGUUUGUGAGAUAACAAAUGAAAACAUCGAAGCAGUUGAUAAACCUCAAGUCAUAGAUUUAGAUCAUCAAGAGAUUAUAGCACCUAAGACAGGACUUUCAGCAGUUUUAUUUCGUCACAAAAUUGAACCAACAUUUGGAGAUAGCUUUCAAUAUUCAUCAAUUCCAAAUCAUAUGUUCAUAACAUGUGCUAAUUAUCUUAACAGAGGAACCAAAAAUCGUGCAACAUUUAUAUCAUCAGUUGCUGUUGUUAUGCUACAAAUUUGUAAAUCGUCAUUAUGGAUGUCCACAACAAUGGAAAGAAUUUUUAAAAUCGGCAAUGAAGUUUAUUAUGAAAAUGUUGAAAAAGUUUUUACAGAGCGAGAAAGAGAUGAGCUUGAAAGAUUAAAAGCAAUGCACCCAGCUGAAAUGGAACCAGAACCAAUUGAAGAAAAUUCUGAUAUAGAAGACGAAGAUUUUGAUGAUAACGAUGACGAUGAUGAUGAGCCGAAGUCAUUAACCAAAGAACAAAUAAGAGCUAUUAGACGAGAAAGACUAGCAAAGCCUCAUGUAGAAACUAAAAUUAGAGAGGAAGUUCCAAUAACUGAAAUAAAGCCUGCAAUUUCAAUUGGCAAGAUGAAAUAUGAAAUUUCUGUUGAGACAUUAAAUAUUGGAAAGAUUACAUCAAGAAAACGAGAAGAAUUGAAUUUGGAAUGUGGAAUUAUUAGCCUUUUUAAACAGUACGAUUAUGGCUUGAUAAUUGGUCCCGAUGUUGUUGCUGUGUGGCGUGAAAAUAGUCGUUACUUUAUGUUUGAUCCAAAUCAAUGUAAAGCAUAUAGGAGAUUUAAUGAUGAAGAUAUCGAACCGUACAACAGCUGUUUAAAUUGCUUCCAAAAUCUUUCUGAUCUCAUUCAACUUUAUAUUGAGAACUUGCCUAAAAGCAAUCGAAAUGCAAUCUAUAAGAUUUGUAAAAUUGAGUCAAGAGACUACAAAGAAAAGUCUACAGAUUGGCAGAAUUUUAAAUCAGUUGGACAAAACAAGUGGAUCCUUUCAGGAAACAUUUGCGAAUCAUCUGGUGAAUUCGAUGAAGACAACAGAAAUCAUCAAUCAACAUGUAUAUCAAUUACAGCAAUAGCCAAAACACGAGAAAUUGGAAUAUCGUCAUGGACAUCCAAUGAGAUUGAUGAAAUUGUUCGAAUUGGAGAUGAAUUUUAUUCUGUUUGUAUCGAGAAUCUGAAACAAAAGGGAAAAUUUGAAAGCCAAAAUUUGGUAUUAACUGAAAUUGGAACUGAAUUAAAACUAGAAAAUAUCAUCGUCGACUUGAAUUAUGAAGAACGAGUAAUAGAAGGAAUAUCACAUGCGAAUAUGUCGCUAUCAAAUGGAUUAAACAAGUUCUUUAAAAAUGAUGAUUUAGGAAUAAUCAAUUUCGGUCUUAAAGCAUUGGCUGUUCUUAAAUACAACGAUGCAUUCUUCUUGUUCGAUAGCUGUGGACGUGAUGAAUUUGGAAGAAAUUAUAAAACAAUUGAUCCUAUUGAUGCAUGCACAGUCAAAGGUUCUGCUUGCAUGCUUCGUUUUAUUAAGAUUGAAGACCUGUCGAACCACCUGAUAAUGAACUUUGAAGAGCCACAUUUCUCGAUCACAAAAGUCGAAAUUUCUGUAAGAUCAUCGCAAGCACCGUGUCUUUAUAAUUACAAAAUAUUUGGAGAGGAACCUUAUGGUGCAAUCCUUAAAGCAUUCAAUAAUUAUCAUGAAGAUUGUGAAGAAUUCAAAUGUGAAUCAUCGUUAAAAACAAUUUGUAACUUGCUGUCUUGCUUAUGCUAUGCAAAUAUUUUUAAUCCUCGAUUUUGGGCUCCAAAUGAUUUAAAUGAGAUUCUUAAAAUUGGAUGGAAGUUCCUUUGUAAAACUUUUAACUCCACUGAUGACCUGUGGGAAAUACUAAAGCAAGUUGAUGUUUGCUCAUCUAAAUUAAAGCUGGAAGUUUUGGAAGAACAUCAAGGAAUUUUUAUGAUUAAGGAGAGGAUUUUGUCAGGUCUUAGUAAAUUAGAUGAAGUUAUUGAGGAUCACACAGAAAUUUCGGUAAUCAAUAGAUCAAUUGAUGAUCAAUAUAAUGAAGUUGUGAAUAUUCGACGUGAAGACCGUUCAUCAAUGUUCCAAACUCUUAAGUUAGAAGGCAGUAUCGUUUUGGAAAAUGUACUUCAAAGUUUCAUUCAAAACGAUAAGUCAUUUGCCAUUUUAAGCUCAUCAUUGUUCACGAUUGCGAUCUUCAGAAUUGAAAACUUUUAUUACGUGUUUGAUCCUAAAGCAUCAAUGAACGGAAUGCUAAUACGAAAAAGAUUGGAAGACUUUAUUAAUAAUAAUCUGAGGAAAGAACAUGACAUGCUACUUGCUAAACUGAAGGAGUCUAACAACUCUAAACGUGUCUCUAUGGAAGAAAAAAUGGAGGAAUUGAUAUUUGGUCGUAAAGUGAUUUUUGGAGCACCAACAGUUAAGCCAUCUCAAGUGGAAAUUGUAUAUACGUCAAGUUAUGGAGCAGUGAAUAGUGAAGAUCCAAUAAGUAUAAGCGAGAAAGGUUGUGCUUAUGUUUCUUGGUUUUCGUCAAUUGAUCUUUUACAUCUACAUGUUAUUAACAAAAUUCCUGAACGAUUUUUGGAUGAGCCAUUCACAAUGCAGUUUAUUGAUAUUUCAAAAAGUGAGGCAGAAUUCAGUGAAGUCACAAUGUGGAAUAACUUUGAAAAGAUCCAUGACAAUCAUUGGAUAAUUCGUGGAACAUUUUCUCAAAAUGAUUCACAAUUUCCAGCUACUCAUCGAAAUAAUCAGGAUGUCCCGAAUUGUAUAUUGGCACUAGCAUUUAAACAGUUCUGCAAUGAUGAAGAAUGGAAUACAACAGUACUCGAUGUAAUUCUGAAGUUUGGCGACCGACUAUUCCGAAAAUCUCUUGCGAAGAAAUUGAGCACUGCAUCAGUUAAUCAUGAAGAUCUCAAAUUGAAAUUCUCUGAGUUGGAAUGUCCAAUAUUCAUCCGACCUUUCAUUAUCAAAUGCAGUGAGGAUAUGAUGCAUGAAGAUAUUAUUGUAAAGCAUAGUGACGAAUUUCCACUGGAAAAUUUCAAAAAAGUUAUAAACGAUUUCCUUACUGGUGAAGAAAAUACAGGAAUGCUAAUUUCAAAAAGUUACGCUGUCGCAAUUUGGAAAAAUAAUGAUGGAACAUUCUUAAUGUUUGAUCCUCAUGACAUCGGACCAGAUGGCCGAAGAAAAUUUGCUGGAUUGUCAAGUCUUCAAAGAUUCACGAACUCAUCUGAUCUUGUUGAGAUUUUCUGGAACAAUGUUAAAGAGUUUGAAGGAUUUAAUAAGUUCCAGUUAUUUAAAGUAAAAACUGAACUGAAUCAUUUUAAGGAUGGUGAGCAAGAUAUUUUUGAAAGUAUGGAGCAAGAAAUAGUUAAUCCUAAGUUCAAGAUGAUUGUUGGAAAGUCGGCUAGUCCAAAUACCACAAGUGUAGAAAUGACAAUUUGCUACGCAAUUGCUGCUCAUUGCUUAUGUCAAUCAUUAGACGCUGAAUAUUAUACAAGUGACAUAGUAGAUAGAAUUAUUAUGUUUGGAAAUGAACUGGUUUGUGAAUGCUGUACAAAUGAUGAAGUUUGCUUUAAAGACUUCAACUUAGACAAAUACUCAUCAUGCCCCGAUGAAAUUAAUUGGAAUUUUCAACUUAAUGACUGCUUUACAACAAUUCAAAUGGAUGUUUUUCGUCGUGGUGUUAUUACAACACAACCAUGUCCUUUGCCAAAUCUUAUUUUUGUGCUUGAAGAAUUCUUCGAUUUUCAUUGUUCGGGCUUGCUUGUUACAAAUGAGUUUAUUGCUUCACUCUGGAAGGAUAACAAUGAAUAUUACAUAUUUUAUUCGUGCCGAAUUGAUAAAAGUGGCAACAGAAGUGAUAGUAAUGGAAAUGUUGGACUCGUCAUAUUUAAAACAGUUCACGAUCUUUAUACAAAUAUCCUAAACAACAUAAGAUUUCAAGCAUCAUCCUUUGAAUUGAGAACUUGUAAUAUUAAAAUGGCUGAUAAUGUUGGAUAUUCUAAUCAAAAGACGUGUACGAAGAAGAACAACAUGAGGUGGAUGAAAAAUAUUGCAAAAGAGGAAAUUAUCAUGCCUGCAGUUUCAUUUAGAGAAGUUGAAAUUAAUGAAAAUUCAAUUGAUGCUUCAAAACAUUGCAAGCAGGAUAGAAAAGUUAUGAUUGAGAAUUUAAAGAGAUGCGGAAGCGAUAAAGGUUUUAUCAAGUUUUCUCGAGGUGGCUUUGUUUGUGGAAAAUUAUCCAAGAAUUCAAAAAGUCUUAAUGAAAUUUCAAGGAAGUUCCAUUCGCCAGCUAUAUGUUUAUAUUCAGCAGCAAUGCAUGAAGUUGUUAAUAUGAAUUGUUGGAAUAGUGAUGUCAUUGACUGCAUUAUAUUAUCAGGCAAUAGCCUAUAUGUUGAGUCAUCAAUAGUUUGUGGAACUUCUGAAGUGGACAUCACGUCAAUCGUGAGUCCAAUACUGAUAAACAAUCAUGAGCUAAUCGCUAAAGCUGAAUCAUGUCUUGAUUUUGCACUUGAAGAUUUAAAAAUUGCGCAUCUUAAGUCAAUUUUAUGUGAGCUUCUGUCAUGUUACAAUGCAUGUUACCUAUCAAAAGCAAGAAAUUUCUUCACAAUUGUGAAAUCUGAUAAGUUUUACUUCUUGUUUGAUCCUCUUGGGAUUGAAAUUCUUGGAAAGAAAAUGUCUCAACACCGAGCUGUACUAUACAGAUUUAGCGAAUUAGAUCAGCUCUUGGAACUGCUAUUAGAAUCAAUUGAAUGUUUAGAUGAAGAAAAGUUGAUUGACGAUGUCUACAAAUUAGGUGGAAUAUUGAUUUCAAUAAAUAAGAAGCUGACAAAAAAGAUUGUUAAAAAGCCAAGAAUGAUCAAGAAAAAAAUUGUGAAAUGUAUUGCAUUUAAUGUUCCAAGAACAAAUCGUAACAUGAUUCUUCGUAAGAUUCCUGAAAAAGAUCAACCUGUAUGCUGUGAAAGUAGAAACAUAAUUUGCUAAAUAAAACCAAAGAGACUGAACUUCGACAAUAAGC